AUGUCUGAAGUGGAGCAGUUCCCCCCUGGUUAUCUGGAGGAGGACAACGGUCCACGAGUCAUUGCGGCAUGCACUGUCAUUUUGGUCAUAACCACGAUCUUGUUCCCCCUCCGCUUCUAUGCACGAAGCCUGACACCUGGCCAAAGAUCAUGGGACGAUCAUCUCCUCAUACCAGCCUAUCUUCUCCUCCUCGGCCUGAUAGCAAGUGUAUAUGCCGAGGUCGUGCAGGCCGGCCUCGGCAGGCAUGCGGCGGCGGUGAUGAUGGAGGACCCCAGCGGUGGCAUGAUAAGCCUCUACCUCAAGCUGCUCUACAUCCUGGAUUGGUUCUACGUGCCGUCCAACAUGCUGUCGCGCGUGUCGGUUGUAUGCAUGUACCUGCGCAUCUUCACCGACAAGUGGGCCCGCAUUGCCUGUUGGGCCGUCAUGGCUUUCCUCGUCGCCAACGCAGUUGCUACCAUCAUCGCCGCCCAGCUCGAGUGCACGCCACUCGCUUAUACCUGGGAUAGAACCAUUGUUGGCGGCACCUGCUUCGACCAGAUCCUGUGGUACCAACUCUCCAACUUUCCCAACAUCUUGGGGGACGUCAUGAUAGCCAUCCUGCCCAUCAAGACCGUUUGGACACUCAAGGCCUCGACAGCACGCAAGGCCGGGAUUGCGACUGUAUGCCUUACAGGCAGUAUUGGAAUGAUAGCUUCCUGCGUCCGUGCCAGUGUGUUCUAUUUGCAGGAAGACGUGAUCAGGAAUGACCCAACGUUCUGCGACGAGGCCUUCUCGUGGACAGUCAUCGAGUGCGGCAUGUACUUCUCGGCAGCCUGUCUUAUCGGCAUGCGUCCCCUAUUUGCCAAGUUCCCGAACUUCCUCAAGACCCACUUCACCGCACCAAAUGGCGAUAACAGCGGGUGGAGGAGCACCUUUGGGCAACGCAAAACUGACAGGAUGCGACUCCCGAGCCACGGAAGGAAGAGCCACUACUCGAGCAUGGAGGGCGGCCAGGAGGAUGCUGAGAGGGGUCUACGGCAUCUGAGCGUGGACGAGAAUGCCUCGCAUUCGGAGGGAGGCAUCCCACUGCCCGGGUACCAUGUGCGGGACCCAUACGCUGAGUUCGAAAGCGACAGGAGCGAGAUACGCAUCGAGACCGAUAUCGAGGUGAGACACGAUAAGGGCAAUUGGUUGUACAGAGGAAAUGCUGGUGACCAUGCGCAGGAGUAUGUGUAUAGCGUGCCUGUACGUGCAAACUAG